AUGGCAUGCAUUUUCUCUGGUUUCCUUUCUUUGAAGAAACCAGAGCUCUCUUUCUUAUACUCUCCAAUUUGAGACAGCAAGUUAUGGAUUGAAGGACAACAGGAUAAAGCGCUUAUCAAGCCAAAAAAUGGAUGAGAAAAAUGAGAACAUAGAACCAUUGACUGAUUUGGGGCUUGCUCUGGGUUAUUCUAAUCAGUGUAUCCAGAGCAGGUUGAACAGUGAUUUAGGUGCAGGUGCAAAUGCAGGUUCAGUGUUAGGCAUGACAUUUGUGGCCACGGAGCCCCUGUCGGAGUUAGUUUGGUGUGCAGAAAAAGGUCCAAGCAAUGUUACUCUUUCGCCACCACAAAGCAAUACAGGUGGAAGGUCAGCUGCUGAGAAGCCUAUAGAUGAGGAAAAUUUUAUAAAUUCAGAUACAUCAUUCUGUGUAAAGGGUGAAGUUUCUGGCAAAGAAGAUUUAACUACGUCGCCAAAAAGUGAUGCUGGCAUCAUGCUGGCACAUGCGUUGAGCCAAGAAUGUGAGACAGAAACCAUUGCAGGCAAGGAGGAAGUGAAAACACCUGGGGAAGUAUCUAUUUGGCAUAAACAGGUGGAUACUUGCAGUCCAAUCAAUUUUGAAGUAGGUGAAAUACGUGAGAUGCCUGAAAGUGGAGAAAUAUUACAUACGACAUUGCCAGGUGAUGUCGACAGAGACAGGGCUAAUGUGAUGAAAGCAGAUCAAAUAAUACCUUUUCUGGUACAAGGAGAACCUUUCUUGGGGGAACUUGUCCGUGAAAACAAACAUGCUGAUGAUGGAAAUCCGAAUAAGGAAAUUGAGUUUCUUUUGACCUCCAAAGCCUACCUAGUGAAUGCAAGUAAACAUUCCGGUGCUUUAGUGGUGGAUCAAAAUUUCCAAGGCAGAAGUCCCUUGGAUAAAUUGGAGUCAACUGCUGAUCAUGAUGUACAAAAACUGAGAAGUGAAAAUGCUUGCAGUAAAGAAAGUCAAAAAGUAGCAGCUGAAUUCCUCCUGGGGCUCAAAGAAAGCUCUAAACAUGUUGAGGAGUUACUUCCCAAUCCAUAUACAUCAAAGAAAAGGCAAGGAAAAAAUUUUAUCUGA